AUGUACGGAAGCUUUCAGCGGAUUCCUUAUCCCACUCACAAGAGUCCCAUGGAUGGCGAUACAGCCCACCGGGACCUUGACUGGGUAUACGCCUCCCAAACCGAUCGCAUCUACGUUUUACGGGUGGGCGACUUUGGUGUUACACGUCAGCAGAAGCUCGACGUCCUACAAAACGUCUUCUGGCCCGCUCUAGCCCGCUGGGUCAUCUCGAGGCAGCUGAUUCUGCCUGGCGGCACCAUCCUUGGCGGCUGGUGGCGUGCCGACAUGCAGGGGAUGAUGGACUGGUAUCGCGAAUGCCUUCACAUGACGGCUCGAUGGGAAGACGCCAUCAUCGCUCACACAGAUGGCAUAUGGAGGACGGCAUUGGAGACUUCGCCUUGGCGGGACUGGCCUGAGUUCUUCCUUCUUCUGAACGAGCCUGUUGUCGACGCCAGUGGUCAGCCUAUCAGGGAUGCUCAGGGUCGAAUUGUAUACAAGGACCGAGAUCCAACUACCGAUGGCAUGGAGGAUGCGUUCCUGGACGUGUGGGAGGCCGUUGCUAAUUCCCGAUCGCUCGCAGACUUCGUGGAUAAGCGCACUGUCAAGGACGGUGAUUUGCUUGCUUCGCGAACACGCACAACGACAGAUUUGUGCCAUGAUGUGACCAUACGAUUUGCAUUCUUCAUUCUAUAUUGCGCGCAAUCUAUUCCAGCCACGAAACCAGCAAUCACAUUAUCUUUCCAUCUCCAUCCAAACAAGGAAGAUGGCCAUAUCCAAUCCGUAGAAGGUAGGAAGAAAGAGAACACACAUAUGCAGAGCAUUAAAAAGCACCUGUUCUAG